CUGCAGUACACACACACACACACACACUCUUUUUCUUCUCUCUCUACACAGAGCAAAUCUAAGCUCGUUAAUGUCGAUUCAGAUCUGAAGCACCUCACCAAAAACAGGAACACUGUUAAAUCACACAGCCAGUGAAAUUCCAGUUUUAACCCUCCCAUCUCCGUACGACAAUGGCGUACUCAUUCCCGGAAGAAGUUUUAGAACACGUGUUCUCCUUCCUCAGCUCCGACGAAGACCGCAACUCCGUAUCCUUAGUCUGCAAAUCAUGGUACGAGAUCGAACGCUGGUGUCGGAGGAGAAUCUUCGUCGGAAACUGCUACGCCGUGAGCCCUAGCAUUAUGAUCCGACGGUUCCCAGAAGUCAGAUCUGUAGAGUUUAAAGGAAAGCCUCAUUUUGCUGACUUCAAUCUGGUCCCUGAAGGUUGGGGUGCUUAUGUGCACCCUUGGAUUGUGGCUAUGUCUAGGUCUUACCCUUGGCUCGAGGAAAUUAGGCUUAAGCGUAUGGUAAUUACGGAUGAGUCCUUGGAGUUGAUUUCUAAAUCGUUUAAGAACUUCAAGGUGCUGGUUUUGUCUUCUUGUGAUGGUUUUACUACUGAUGGUCUUGCUUCUAUUGCCGCUAAUUGCAGGAAUAUUAGAGAACUGGACUUGGGAGAGAGUGAAGUGGAGGACCUUAGCGGACAUUGGCUUAGCCAUUUUCCUGAUAGCUGCACGUCACUUGUUUCACUUAACAUUGCCUGUUUGGCUUCUGAGAUCAGUUUCUUAGCUUUGGAGCGUCUGGUUUCCCGCUCUCCUAAUUUGAGGACUCUUCGGAUAAAUCGUGCUUUGCCCCUUGAGAAGCUUCCGAACCUGCUUCGUCGGGCUUCCCAGUUGUUCGAAUUUGGUACAGGUGCCUACUCUGCUGAAGUACGGUCUGAUGUCUUCUCAAACCUGACUGAAGCUUUUUCAUGCUGCAAGCAACUUAAAGGCUUGUCUGGGUUUUGGGACAUUGUUCCGGCUUACCUUCCAGCUAUAUAUCCAGUUUGCUCCAGACUCACCUCUUUGAAUUUGAGCUAUGCUACCUGUCAAAACCCCGACCUUGGCAAGCUCAUAAGUCAGUGUCACAAUUUGCAGCGGUUGUGGGUCCUAGACUACAUUGAAGAUACUGGUCUUGAGGAACUUGCUGCCAAUUGUAAGGACCUUCAAGAGCUGAGGGUGUUUCCUUCUGAUCCUUUUGCCCCUGAACCAAAUGCAACCUUGACAGAGCAAGGCCUUGUAGCUGUCUCAGAUGGCUGCCCAAAGCUCCAGUCUGUUUUAUACUUCUGCCGCCAAAUGACAAAUGCAGCAUUAGUUACUAUUGCUAGGAAUCGUCCUAACAUGAUUCGUUUUCGCUUGUGUAUUAUUGAGCCUCGAUGUCCAGAUUACUUAACUCUUGGGCCGCUUGAUGCUGGUUUUGGGGCCAUUGUGGAGAACUGUAAAGAAUUGCGGCGACUCUCACUUUCUGGCCUCCUUACUGAUCGUGUCUUUGAGUACAUAGGGACCCAUGCUAAAAAGUUAGAGAUGCUUUCCAUAGCUUUUGCUGGGGACAGCGAUUUGGGACUCCACCAUGUGCUCUCUGGCUGUGAAAGCCUCCGGAAGCUGGAGAUCAGAGAUUGUCCCUUUGGAGACAAGGCUCUCUUGGCCAAUGCUGCAAAGCUUGAGACAAUGCGAUCCCUUUGGAUGUCUUCUUGUUCAGUAAGUUUUGGAGCAUGUAAGCUGCUAGCUCAGAAGAUUCCUAGGCUUAAUGUUGAAGUCAUAGAUGAGAGGGGUCCUCCAGAUACAAGGCCAGAAAGCUGCCCUGUAGAAAAACUUUAUAUAUAUCGAUCAGUGGCUGGACCGAGGUUUGACAAGCCUGGUUUUGUUUGGACAAUGGAUGAAGAAGCAGCAGUGAGGUUGUCUUGAGCCAUAUAGCAAUUGGGAGUUCUUCACAAGGAAUGACGGCAGGUAUUAGUGCUAUGUUAGCCUCGUGCAUUUGUUAUAUAACGCCUUAUGUAGUUGCAGUGCCAGUUGAGGUGGGAACAUUACAGCUAAAAAGUAUAGAGAGGCUCGAGGGCUCGUAUGCCAUCAAUUUUACUCUUGGCUGAGCUACCUUACAGCAGCUAGCUAUUAAUAAAGAGUUUGAACUCUGAGUUGCUGUGUAUCAUCUAGUGUAACAAUUAUUAUUCCUUUUUCUUUGGGUGGGUUUGGGGAGGUGGAGGGCAAAUUUUUGCCGUUGCAUGUGUUGUUUCCAGACUUUGUUUCAUUAUGUAUUUGUUUCUUUCUUUCUUCUAGUGACUUAUUCUCUAAUGACAGAUUGCCAUCUUGAACUUGGAUAAUAAGUUACUUAGGAUAAUGUACGACAAAAUGUUAGUUGUCU